AUGGAGGGCGUUAUGCGGCGGCAUAGGAUGUUUUUCGCUGUGUUUUACGUUGUUUUAGUUUUGGCGGUUGAGGCCAACAUUGGUGAAUAUGAUGAGGUGUGGGAGAAGAGAGCCCGUGAUGCGAAGAAGGAUGCUCAUGGGGCUUAUAACCCUAAUCCACAUGAAGUUGUUCAUCAUUUCAAUCAUCAUGUCAACAAAGCGAUAGAAGGGAGUAGUAAUCGUACAAGGAGGAGUUUACGUCUGAAACAUAAAUAUCACGGUCCAUGCCUCGCUACAAAUCCCAUAGAUCAAUGCUGGAGGUGCGACCCAAACUGGGCCAGGAACCGCAUGAAGCUGGCGGACUGCGUCCUCGGCUUCGGCCGCCACACCACUGGCGGCAAAGGCGGCAAGAUAUACAUCGUUUCCAACCCCUCCGACGACGACCUAGUCAACCCCCGCCCGGGAACUCUCCGCCACGCCGUCAUCCAGCGCGGCCCGCUGUGGAUCAUCUUCGGCCGCAGCAUGGUCAUCCGCCUCAAAGGCGAGCUCAUCGUGACGAGCCACAAGACCAUCGACGGGCGGGGGCGCCAGAUCCACCUGGCGCAGGGCGCCGGCAUAACGCUGCAGUUUGUGAAGAACGUCAUCAUCCACUGCCUCCACAUCCACGACAUCAAAGCCGGCGGCGGCGGGAUGAUCAGGGACUCGCUCAGCCAUUUCGGGCAGCGGACCAGGAGCGACGGCGAUGGGAUCACCGUGUUUGGGUCCACCAAUGUUUGGAUCGACCAUAUCUCCAUGUCCAACUGCGCCGACGGGCUCAUCGACGUGGUUCAGUCGUCCACGGCGGUGACGAUCUCCAACUGCCAUUUCACCCACCACAACGAUGUGAUGCUGUUCGGGGCGAGCAAUGGGUAUUCCAAAGACAAGAUAUUGCAGAUCACGGUGGCGUUCAAUCACUUUGGGCAGGGGCUGAUUCAGAGAAUGCCCAGAGUGAGAUACGGCUUCGUCCACACCGUCAACAACGACUACACUCACUGGCUUAUGUACGCCGUCGGCGGCAGCCAAAACCCUACUAUUCUUAGCCAAGGCAAUCGCUUCAUUGCUCCUCCCAAUCCUGCAGCUAAAGAGGUGACGAAGAGGGAAUAUACAGCGGAGAGUGUGUGGAAGAGUUGGGCGUGGAAGUCGGAUGGAGAUGUGAUGAUGAACGGCGCCUUUUUCGUGCAAUCUGGAAAUCGCAAUCAGCAUUUUCCCACCGGCGACGAAAAGAUCAAGCCUAAGCCCGGGAACUUCGUUAACAUGCUCACCAAAUUUUCCGGCCAUCUCGACUGCCAUGACGGGAAGCCUUGUUGAAGAUGUACACGUGUACUUCAAAUCUCUGAUCCAACAAAUUAAAAAGCUAGGGAAGAAUUGAAGUGAACAAAAUCAGAUAGCUAGAUAUAUACAUGUAGAACAAUAAUGCAUGUAAAGAUAGGUUUCAAGGAAAGGAAAAUAAUAUAAUU